AUGGCACAGGCACGGCUGGUACCACCAGGACCUGACAGCUUCCGCUAUUUUACUAGAGAAUCUCUUGCAGCUAUUGAAAAACGCUGUGCAGAGGAGAAAGUUAAAAAGCCCAAACAAGAUCAUUCAGAUGCUGAUGAUGAAAAUGGGCCAAAGCCAAAUAGUGAUUUGGAAGCAGGAAAAACUCUUCCAUUUAUAUAUGGAGACAUUCCUCCAGGAAUGGUGUCCGAACCUUUGGAGGACCUCGACCCAUAUUAUAGCAAUAAAAAAACCUUCAUAGUAUUGAAUAGAGGGAAGGCAAUUUUUCGAUUCAGUGCCACAUCUGCCUUGUACAUUUUAACCCCUUUCAAUCCUGUCAGAAAAAUUGCUAUUAAAAUUUUGGUACAUUCAUUAUUCAGCAUGCUUAUUAUGUGCACUAUUUUGACCAACUGUGUAUUUAUGACCAUGAGUAACCCUCCGGAAUGGACAAAGAAUGUAGAGUACACUUUCACUGGAAUUUAUACCUUUGAAUCACUUAUAAAAAUUCUUGCAAGGGGCUUCUGUUUGGAAGGUUUCACUUUUCUUCGAGACCCAUGGAACUGGCUUGAUUUCAGUGUCAUUUUGAUGGCGUAUGUAACAGAAUUUGUAAACCUAGGCAAUGUUUCAGCUCUUCGAACUUUCAGAGUAUUGAGAGCUUUGAAAACUAUUUCUGUAAUCCCAGGCCUGAAGACCAUUGUGGGGGCCCUCAUUCAGUCUGUGAAGAAGCUCUCAGACGUCAUGAUCCUGACGGUGUUUUGUCUGAGUGUGUUUGCCCUCAUAGGGCUCCAGCUUUUCAUGGGGAACCUGAGGCAUAAGUGCCUCAUUUGGCCACCAGACAAUUCUACUUUUGAGAUAAACAUAACCUCCUACUUCAACAGCGCACUGGGAGCAAAUGGUACCUUUGUUAACACUACAGUGAGCAACUUUGACUGGGAAGAGUACAUUGAUAAUGAAAAUCAUUUUUAUACUUUGGAAGGACAAAGAGAUCCCCUUCUUUGUGGUAACAGCUCAGAUGCUGGGCAAUGUCCAGAAGGAUAUGUGUGUGUAAAAGCAGGUCGAAACCCCAACUAUGGCUACACAAGCUUUGAUACCUUCAGCUGGGCCUUCUUGUCACUCUUUCGGCUGAUGACUCAGGACUACUGGGAAAAUCUUUACCAACUGACACUCCGUGCAGCUGGCAAAACCUACAUGAUCUUUUUUGUUCUGGUGAUUUUCCUGGGCUCCUUCUACCUGAUCAACCUGAUCCUGGCUGUGGUUGCCAUGGCCUAUGAAGAGCAGAACCAGGCCACCCUGGAAGAAGCGGAGCAGAAGGAGGCAGAGUUUCAGCAGAUGCUGGAGCAGCUGAAGAAGCAACAAGAAGAAGCUCAGACAACAGCAGCUGUGGCAGCAGCAUCGGUUGCAUCAAGAGAUUUCAGCGGUGUGGGAGGAUUGGGGGAGCUCUUGGAAAGUUCUUCAGAGGCUUCUAAAUUAAGCUCAAAGAGUGCUAAAGAAAGAAGAAAUAAGCGGAAAAAAAGACGACAAAAGGAGCUUUUGGAAACAGAAGAUAGAGGGGAAGUGGAAAAAUUUCCUAAAUCUGAGUCAGAAGACAGCAUCAGGAGAGGAGGUCGUUUGUCUUAUGAAAAGAGGACUUCUACUCACCAGUCUUUGCUGAGCCUUCGUGGCUCCUUGUUUUCCCCAAGACGCAACAGCAGAACAAGUAUUUUCAGCUUCAGAGGCAGAGCAAAAGAUAUAGGAUCAGAAAAUGACUUUGCUGAUGAUGAACACAGCACUCUUGAGGACAAUGAGAGCAGAAGAGAUUCUCUCUUUGUUCCUAAUAAACACAAUGGUGAACGCCGCAACAGUAACAGCAGCCAAGCAAGUCUGUCAUCAAAGAUGGUUCCAGCACUUCCAGCAAAUGGGAAGAUGCAUAGCACUGUGGAUUGCAAUGGUGUUGUUUCGUUAAUGGGAGGACCUCCAGCACUGCCUUCACCUACUGGACAACUUAUGCCAGAGGUGGUACAUUAUCUCUUCCAUUCUACCACAGCUGAUGAAAAUGGUACCACUACUGAAACGGAAAUAAGAAAAAGAAGAUUAAGUUCUUACCAAAUUUCUAUGGAACUGAUGGAAGAAUCUGCAGCAAGACAGAGAGCCAUGAGCAUAGCCAGCAUACUCACAAAUACUAUGGAAGAACUUGAAGAAUCCAGACAGAAAUGCCCACCAUGCUGGUAUAGAUUUGCAAAUGUUUUCUUAAUUUGGGAUUGCUGGAGUCCCUGGUUGAAAGUGAAACACAUUGUGAACUUGAUAGUGAUGGAUCCCUUUGUUGAUCUUGCUAUUACUAUCUGCAUUGUAUUGAAUACACUAUUUAUGGCCAUGGAGCAUUAUCCAAUGACUCCCUAUUUCAACCAUGUGCUUUUGGUAGGAAACUUGGUCUUCACUGGGAUCUUCACUGCAGAAAUGGUCCUCAAGAUAAUAGCCAUGGAUCCUUAUUAUUAUUUUCAGGAAGGAUGGAAUAUUUUUGAUGGCAUCAUUGUCAGCCUGAGUUUGAUGGAGCUGGGUCUUGCCAAUGUGGAAGGCCUGUCAGUCCUGAGAUCCUUCAGACUGUUGCGAGUUUUCAAACUGGCUAAAUCCUGGCCAACACUAAAUAUGCUGAUCAAAAUUAUUGGCAACUCUGUGGGAGCUUUAGGAAAUCUGACCUUGGUCCUGGCCAUCAUUGUCUUCAUUUUUGCUGUAGUUGGCAUGCAGCUGUUUGGUAAAAGCUACAAGGAAUGUGUGUGCAAGAUUGCAGAAGACUGUGACCUUCCACGCUGGCACAUGAACGACUUUUUCCACUCCUUCUUGAUCGUGUUCCGAGUUCUUUGUGGAGAAUGGAUAGAAACCAUGUGGGACUGUAUGGAGGUUGCAGGCCAAACCAUGUGCCUUAUUGUUUUCAUGUUGGUCAUGGUAAUUGGAAACCUUGUGGUAUUGAAUUUGUUUCUAGCUUUGCUGCUGAGCUCCUUCAGUUCAGAUAACCUUGCUGCUACAGAUGAUGAUAAUGAAAUGAACAAUCUGCAGAUCGCGGUGGCAAGAAUUCAGAAGGGAAUAGAUUUUGUUAAGAAAAAAUUGAGAGAAGUUGUCCAAAAGAGCUUUGGUAGAAGGCACAAAGCUGUGGAGGAUGUCAAAGCACUUGAAGAACUGAACAACAAGAAAGAUGCCUACAUUUCCAACCAUACUAUGGUUGAAAUAAGUAGAGAUGUUAAUUAUCUGAGAGAUGGGAAUGGAACCACAAGUGGUGUAGGCACAGGCAGCAGUGUGGAAAAAUACGUUAUUGAUGAAAAUGAUUACAUGUCAUUUAUAAAUAAUCCAGGCCUUACUGUGACUGUUCCAAUCGCAGUUGGAGAAUCAGAUUUUGAAAAUAUAAACACUGAAGAGUUUAGCAGUGAAUCUGACCUCGAAGAAAGCAAAGAGAAGCUUAAUGCAACCAGUUCAUCAGAAGGCAGCACAGUUGACAUUGCCCCACCUGGAGAGGGUGAACAGGCAGAGAUUGAACCUGAGGAGGCCCUUGAACCUGAAGCCUGUUUUACAGAAGGCUGCGUCAAGAAAUUCCCAUGUUGUCAAGUGAGUAUAGAAGAUGGCAAAGGAAAAAUCUGGUGGAAUUUUAGGAAGACCUGCUACAGCAUAGUUGAACACAAUUGGUUUGAGUCGUUCAUUGUGUUUAUGAUUCUCCUCAGCAGUGGUGCCCUGGCCUUUGAAGACAUAUAUAUAGAGCAGCGCAAGGCUAUCAAGACCAUGCUGGAAUAUGCUGACAAGGUCUUCACGUACAUCUUCAUUCUGGAAAUGCUUCUGAAGUGGGUGGCUUAUGGCUUUCAGAUGUAUUUCACCAACGCCUGGUGCUGGCUGGAUUUCCUUAUUGUCGAUGUUUCAUUAGUCAGUUUAAUAGCCAAUGCCCUGGGCUACUCUGAACUUGGCGCCAUUAAAUCUCUGCGAACACUGAGAGCUUUGAGGCCUCUGAGAGCCCUGUCACGAUUUGAAGGCAUGAGGGUGGUUGUUAAUGCUCUCAUAGGCGCAAUCCCCUCCAUCAUGAAUGUCCUUCUAGUUUGUCUAAUAUUCUGGCUGAUCUUCAGCAUCAUGGGCGUAAACUUGUUUGCUGGCAAGUUCUACCACUGUGUUAACACCACAACAGGUGAAAUGUUUAAUAUCAGCGAGGUUGAGAAUAAAACUCAGUGUGAUAUGCUCAUUAGCAACAAUCAGCCUGCCCGAUGGAAAAAUGUGAAAGUGAACUUUGACAAUGUUGGAGCGGGCUAUCUUGCUCUACUUCAAGUUGCUACUUUUAAAGGAUGGAUGGAUAUUAUGUAUGCAGCUGUUGAUUCAAGGGAUGUAGAAGAUCAGCCCUAUUAUGAGGACAAUCUGUACAUGUAUCUUUAUUUUGUUAUCUUUAUCAUCUUUGGAUCAUUUUUUACCUUAAAUCUUUUCAUUGGUGUCAUCAUAGAUAACUUCAAUCAGCAAAAAAAGAAGUUUGGAGGACAGGAUAUCUUUAUGACAGAGGAACAGAAGAAAUAUUAUAAUGCAAUGAAAAAAUUAGGUUCAAAAAAGCCACAAAAACCAAUACCUAGACCAGGGAAUAAAUUCCAAGGUGUUGUCUUUGACUUUGUAACAAAACAGGCCUUUGACAUCAGCAUCAUGAUUCUUAUCUGCCUUAACAUGGUCACUAUGAUGGUGGAAACAGAUGACCAAACGAAAGAAAUGGAAACUAUUUUAUCUAGGAUUAAUCUAGUGUUCAUUGUUCUUUUUACCGGGGAAUGUGUACUCAAACUGAUUUCACUCCGGCAUUAUUACUUCACCAUUGGCUGGAACAUUUUUGAUUUUGUAGUUGUCAUUCUCUCCAUUGUAGGUAUGUUCCUAGCGGAGAUCAUUGAAAAAUACUUUGUGUCACCCACCUUGUUCCGAGUGAUCCGACUUGCCAGGAUAGGUCGCGUCCUGCGUCUCAUCAAGGGCGCAAAAGGGAUCCGCACGCUGCUUUUUGCCUUGAUGAUGUCUCUCCCGGCCUUGUUUAACAUUGGCCUCCUCCUCUUCCUGGUCAUGUUCAUCUACGCCAUAUUCGGGAUGUCCAACUUUGCCUACGUGAAGAGAGAGGCUGGGAUUGACGACUUGUUCAACUUCGAAACGUUUGGCAACAGCAUGCUCUGCCUCUUUCAGAUCACCACCUCUGCGGGCUGGGACGGCUUGCUGGCGCCCAUUCUCAACAGUGGCCCACCAGACUGUGACCCUGAAGUAGACCACCCGGGAAGCUCCGUCAAAGGAGACUGCGGCAGUCCUUCGGUUGGGAUCUUCUUCUUCGUCAGCUACAUCAUCAUAUCGUUCUUGGUUGUUGUAAACAUGUAUAUCGCUGUCAUUCUGGAGAACUUCAGUGUCGCUACUGAAGAAAGUGCUGAGCCUUUGAGCGAGGAUGACUUUGAAAUGUUCUAUGAGGUCUGGGAAAAGUUUGACCCAGAUGCAUCGCAGUUCAUCGAAUAUAGUAAGCUGUCUGAUUUUGCCGCUUCCCUGGAUCCUCCUCUCCUAAUACCAAAACCAAACCAUGUUCAGCUAAUUGCAAUGGAUUUGCCCAUGGUAAGUGGUGACAGAAUUCACUGCCUUGACAUCUUGUUUGCCUUUACGAAGCGUGUUUUGGGAGAAAGCGAAGAAAUGGACUUACUCCGAGUACAAAUGGAAGAUCGAUUCAUGCAAGCCAAUCCUUCCAAAGUUUCAUAUGAACCAAUUACAACCACACUAAAACGAAAGCAAGAGGAGGUAUCUGCUACCAUAAUUCAGCGGGCUUUCAGGCGUUUCCUCUUAAAACAAAAAGUUAAAAAAGUGACCUCUACAUAUAAUAAAGAUAAAUGCAAAGAUGGGGAAGUCUUGCCCAUCAAAAACAUAAUCACUGAUAAGUUUAAUGGGAACUCCACGCCAGAGAAAACAGAUGAGAGCUCUUCCACCACCUCCCCACCUUCCUAUGAUAGUGUUACAAAGCCAGGCAAAGAAAAAUACGAAAAGGGCAAAACAGACAGAGACUACAAAGGUAAAGAUGUCAGGGUUAGCAAAAAGUGA